AUUUACCUUCCCUUUCCGAUUCCUUCCUUCAAGCAUGGGCUUCAACACACCGGAGCGCCGCAGUUCCGUCCUCACGUCGCCGAGGCGAGCGGCGGCGGCCAUGCUCGUCUCUCUAUCCACUCUCAUGACGCUCUGUGCGAAACAAGCGUACAGAGCGUCGAAAAAGAUUCAAACAAAAUUGAAAUCGAAGCGGUUUCUGAAGAACACGAAGACGAAGAAGAAGAAGAAGAAGAAGAAGAAGAAGAAGAACCGCGGCAGCGACGAAAUGGAAGAGGAGUGGGGAGACGGGGGAGUAUGGCAGAAGGCGAUCUUGAUGGGGGAUAAAUGCGAGCCCUUGGAUUUCUCGGGCGUAAUUUAUUACGAUAGUUCCGGGAAGCAGCUGGACGAAGUGCCUCCACGAUCGCCACGUGCCAGUCCCUUGCCAUCCUUUCUUACAUCCACUCACCCCCAGGUGUAUUGAGUUAAACAGAGCAUCGGUGUGUUAAGGUCACCCGGCGAUGAAUUUCAGGUAGGUCAAGUAAUGGUGUGAUUGGAUGGGGGAUGGGCCUUGGUUUUUAUUUUGCAAAAUUCUGUCUCUGUAUAGUAGAUUGAGUGUGAGUAAUAUUGAUUGCGUGUAAAUUACGUUUUUGUUUUCAUUUUUGUUGCUCCACCGAAUUGUUGUAUGAAAUCUCACAAAAUUAGAAUGUC